CCUCAAAUAUAUAUAUCCUAUAUCCUAUAUAUCUUUUGAAACUCCUUCAUAUAUAGUAUCUUAUACUCCAUUUACGGUUUACCUAUAUAUAUCUAGAGUUUUGACAGAUGAUGCUUUUACAUGAUACAAGGCAAACCUAGAUCGUCUCCUAGAUCAUCCAUCUUCCAUCUCCCCUCCGUUCAGCUUCCGUGUCAUACAUGAACCAAACUACCCCCCUUAAACAAGAUCAACAGUCCUCGAUAAUCAGUCGUAAUGGAGAGGCUUCACAGCUCGAGGCUUAGCAGGUGGGCAGAGAAGGUCGCUGUGGAUCACGAAGAUGGCCUCACUACAGCCCAACUCAUGUUAACAAAUCACGAUCUCAAACCUGUCGAACAUGAGCGUCGUCAAUGGGGGCCAUGGAAUUUUGUUGGCUUUUGGAUUGCCGAUUCCUUCAACAUCAACACUUGGAUGAUUAGCUCGUCUAUGAUUGUGAAUGGGCUUUCGUGGUGGCAGUCAUGGCUUUGCGUGUGGAUUGGGUAUGCAAUUGCCGGUACCUUCAUCUGCGCGACCGGUCGCAUCGGCGCCAUGUACCAUAUCGGUUUCCCCGUCGUGAACAGGUCUAGCUUCGGCAUUUGGGGUUGUCUCUGGCCCGUCUUUAAUCGCGCCGCUAUGGCUUGUAUUUGGUAUGGCGUACAGUCGUACAUCGGUGGCCAUUGCGUGUACCUGAUGAUCCGGUCUAUUUGGCUAAGUUGGGAUCGCGAGACCAUUCCAAACACGUUCUCGCCAUCAUCGGGCACGACCACAGCUGACUAUGUAUCGUUUUUCCUGUUUUGGCUCGUGUCGCUUCCCGCUAUAUGGUUUCCAGUACAUCAGAUUCGACACCUCUUCACUGUCAAAGCUUACUUCGUCCCUUGUGCUGCCAUCGCCUACUUGAUUUGGGCUUUGGUUCGUGCUGGCGGGCCAGGUCCUAUUGUUCGACGAGGUGCAUCGAUAGAAGGAAGUGACCUUGCUUGGGAAUUCAUCAAAGGGGUGAUGAGUUCGAUUGCCAACUUCGCAACACUCAUCGUCAACGAUCCUGAUUUCUCUCGUUUUGCCGGCAAGCCGCGUGAUGCGCUAUGGUCCCAGUUUUUCACCAUUCCAAUUGGGUUUGCCGUCACCUCUUUGAUUGGUAUUCUAGUUUCAUCGAGCUCACAAAUCAUCUAUCCUGGGACUGAGCCAAUCUGGGACCCCCUGGAUCUAUUAGAACGGUUUAUAAAUGACGGCGGUUCCGGUCAACGUUUCGGUGUCUUUGUCAUUGCCUUCGCCUUCGCUCUAGCUCAAUUAGGCACGAACAUUGCAGCAAACUCGGUUUCAGCUGGAACCGACAUGACUGCAUUGCUACCGCGAUUCAUCAACAUCCGUCGUGGUGGCUAUAUCUGUGCCCUUGUCGGCUUGGCUAUGUGCCCUUAUAAUCUGCUUACAUCGUCUAAUCAGUUCACCACAUACCUCUCCUCUUACUCGGUCUUUUUGAGUUCAAUCGCAGGCGUCAUGUGCAGCGACUACUACUUGGUCCGCAAGGGCUAUCUCGAUAUCAAGGAACUCUACGAUGCUCGCAAGACUGGGCCGUACUAUUUUACUUAUGGUAUUCACUGGAGAGCGUAUGCAGCAUAUAUCAGCGGUAUCCUCAUCAACGUCGUAGGCUUUGCUGGUGCCGUUAAUGGGGGCAAUGUUCCUAUAGGAGCGACAUACAUUUACAACUUCAAUUUCUUCUGCGGGUUCAUUGUUUCCUCGGUGAUGUAUUGGGGGCUGUGUAAGUUAUUUCCCAUCCCAGCUUGCAGCGAUACUUGGAUGGAAGUGGGAGAUCAGAUCGACGAAGUCAGACUAGCGUACGAUCAAGGCAGUCAAGACUUUAAUCGGCCGACAUAUGAUCCACCAGGUUUGGACGUGGAGGCAGUCCUGGGUAGCAAGUACUACAAGGACCACUCGAAAGAUAUAUGAUAGAGAUGAGGUAGUGCGUAAAUAGUUAAUACGGUCGCAUCAUGAUCGAUCGCAUACAAAUGUAUAGGUACCUAACCUAGGUAUGUUAAGGAUUGGGUACAGGGCAAUGUCCUAAUUUUCGGUAUGACUUUCGAUAUUUGAGAAUAUGUGAGAAUAUGGUAUUAAU